AUGGACUCAAAUGAUUAAAACGAUCUAAAAAAAAGACUUGAAUUAAAACGGAAAAUAUUGUAGGAAUAGAAAAGGGCAAAGGAAGAAGAAUAAAAGAAAAAAAAGGAAGAUGAGGAACAAUCAUAAUAAAUGAAAAAAUAAGAGUAAUAAUCAUCUGAAAAUAUUGUUAAAAAAUAAUCUGAUAAUUAAUCUAUUAUUGACGAUAACCUUAAAUAGUAACUUAAUGAAUAAUAAAAAUAGAAAGAAUAAUAAAUUAAAUCUGAAGCACUAAGAAAGUAGAGUGAACAAUCAAAUUAAAUUAUGUCAUUAUAAAAAAAAGAAAAUUCACAAUCCACAUAAAAUAAUUAGAAGCCACAAAAAUAAGAUGAUUAAAAGGUGAUAUAGAUUACUAAUAAGCAAAUCAAUAAUUAAUAAAAAACUUUUGCUUCUGAUUAAAAAGGAAAAAAUAAAUUUAUAGAAGAUAACAAUAGAAAUUAAAAGGAAGAAUUAUAAAAAAAAAAUGAUGAACCAAAGCCUGAUUAAAUAAGAUAAGAUAAAGAACAAUAGGUUUAAGAGGAAAAUAAGAAAUAGUUAUUACUAAUCAAUAAAAAAACAGAUAAUGAGAAGUAAAUUAGAGAUUAAAAGCAUAUCAAAGAAUAGGAUGAAAAAGAUAAAUAAAAUAAAUAAAGACUAGAAUCUGAAAAAAUUGAAAAAGAUAGAAUUGAUAGAGAAAAAAAAGAAAAAGAAAGGCUAGAAAAAGAAAAAUAAGAAAGAUUAUUAAGAGAGAGGCAGGAAAAAGAAAAAUAAUUAGAAAGGGAUAAGUAGGAAAAAGAUAGAUAGUUGAGAGAAAAAUAAGAAAAAGAUAAAUAGGAAAAAAUGGAAAAAUUAAGAUUUGAAAGAGAAAAAUAGGAAAAACUAAGAUAAGAAAAAGAAAAAUAAGAUAAAUUGGAAAGAGAAAAAAGGGAAAAGUAAGAAAGACUAGAUAGAUAAGAAAGAUAAGAAAGACUAGAAAGAUAAGAAAGAGAGAGACAAGAAAAAUAUGAUAGAGAAAGAAAAGAAAAAGAAAGAUAAGAAAGAGAAAGAUAGGAAUAAAGAGAAAAAGAAAAAUAAUUACUAAAUUCUAAGCGUUAAUUAGAGCGUACACAAGUUUCGCAGAAAGAUUCGGAUUCAAUUUAGACUAAAAAAUAAACUUAAGAAAGGAUAGAAUAAGAAUUUGACAAUUCGUAGCAGUAAGCAAAUUGUAACAUCUACGAAGAAGGCGAAAUAGUCUGUCCAUAAAGAACUACAAUUGUCUCAAAUAUACCUUUAUCCAAAAAUGUAGAACAACAGCAACCGAUAAUAGAAAAUAGAAUAAGGAAAGCAGGAUAAAGGCACUGUAAAAUAAUACUACAGGAUUUAAGGGAAAAGAUUUCUAAAUAUAAUUCAAAGGACAAUAAAAAGAAAUAAAAAAGACUUAAAAAAUAUAAAAAAGCAGUCUUUAAAUUUUUAUAAAAAUUACCUGAGAUAAAUGAUUAAUAAGAAAACAACACAUAAAGAUUUUUAGAAGUUUUCAAUUAUUUUGAUAAUAUUAUUUGA